UGAUACUUAAUUAAGUGUGUGGAGAGUAGACGAGAAAUGCCUUUUCCCCAUGGAUGGCAUUUUGCCCGUUGAUCCUUUUCCACCUCCGUUAUUUAACUGGACUCUGUGAAGGAUCUACUGACGGACUUUGAAGGAUCAACUGAUGCAAAGAUCUAACGAGAUUGGUGAUGAUAUCGAAGAUUGGUGUCGAAAUCGUGUGUGAGAAGGAGGUUCAGUGUUGCAUUAGCGUUUCCGAAAUAGCACAUCUGCCAAUUCGGUGAGGCGUUUUCCUUCAGUUUCACUUCCAAAGAAAACAAGGCUCAGAAAUAGAGCUAGGAUACUACAACCUGUAAUUUGAAGGUGGACUGCACAUUCUUGGUAUGCCGAGCACGAUGGGAGAACAAGAAGACUUUCCAAAGCACUUAUUGGAGAAAAUUUUUGGGAGCAUCCCCUUUCCUGAAAUUCUCAAAGUGAGGCAGUUAUCCACAGAAUGGAACAGGAACUUUCGAACAGUGGUGAGUAUGGCAUCUCGCACAUGGCCCACAUAUUGCCCGCUUUACAUUUUGAAGGUCAUGUCGAGAUCAGGAAGAAGAGGAAUCGGUGAUGGUUCAACUCGGUACAGGGUUGGAUACGAUUGUGCCGAAGGACGCUUCAGAAUAUUGGGGCAGAUAGAUUGGUCUAGGGAAAGAUCAAACCCUAGAUGUGAGACGUCAAGGAGCUUUGCUGGUUCGGGCGGUGUUUCAAGACCACAGAGCACUAGCAACUGUCAUCAACCAGGUGACAUGCCAGAGAAACCUUGUGCGGUUCUCUAACUUGGAAGAAACAAGGCUUCAGCCCAUGGUAUUCUCUGUGGGAGCUGAACACUAUGAAAUAAUCAUCUGUCACUUCUCAAAGAGUAUCCCUGUGAAAUUUUCCAUCAGUGUAUAUAAAUCCGUCUCCGAGGACCAUACAACGAGGUCAUACAUCUUUGAACGCGCCUUCAUGCCAAGGAUUAAACAGUGAAGCUACGAGCAAGAAGCUUGUGAAAAAGCACACCAACGGUUGCAAUAUCUCAGCGGACAUAUCUUCAGAGCGGAUGUUUCGAAUACUCUUGAUACCAGAUCUGAUGUAAAGCUAAAAAAUUCUAGUACCCCAACAACAGUGGAUCCCCUUAGUAGAACAAUCAAUUCCUUUCAAAUCGAAAAUAUUGUGGCAGUGGAAAUUGCAUCUGUACUUUGUUUGAGUGCAGAGGAACGGCUUCAAAAAUCAUAUGUUCAGCAGUGUGAAUACUGGGGAGUUCGUCUGUCUGAGUGCUGUCAGCAGAAGCAUCAUGAUAUCGGAUCCUGCCCCUGUUCUCAUUGAGCUGCUCCUGUUGCACUGGCUAUAGGUCCUCAGCCGCAGUCGAAUACUGAGCUUGAAAAGUCAAGUUUAGUACUUUCAGUACUAAGAGGUCCUCGACCACCUCCAAAUCCUCGAUGGCCUGGCCAUUUGUAAGUGACAGAUCGCCCCACCAUUGGUUCUGUUUGAUAUAAUUAGCUCUGUAUGCUUCCAGUCUUUUGCUUUUUUUCUUCAGGGUAGUAUUCCACCUGUUGUGAUUGCCGUUUACGAACCUGGAGAUAGGAUCGAUGAAAUUUUUUUCUAUGAGAGAGUCUUACAAGAAGAUUCGACCCUUAACAUUAUUAGGAUUUAUGAUAUGUUUUAGACGCUUGCGGAUGUCGUGAAGUUACCUUCCAGGAAGUAGCUUACAUAUCUCCAAACCUUUGUCGACCCAAAUUCAGAAUCAUAUCUUCGGCCACAGUCCAUGUUAAUUGC